GGGUGUAAUUCUCGCAAUCAGUAAUGUGUUAAGAACGUUGAGCAUGCGAACGUAAUCAUAGGGGAAUCUCACGAAACGAGCCUACCUUCGAUUACACGCAUCGUACCCAAUCUUCGUAGCUUUCGAUCAAUUACAAGGAUAUGAAACCCCAAUGGAGAAAAAAAAAUUUGUUGCUUUCGCCCUCGUCGUUGCCGUAGCCUACGCUGCUCCUCAAGGUCAUCAAGAGGACGUAUUGCUCGUGAAGGAGACACCCUCUGAUAAUAUUGGUCUGGGUGGAUAUAAUUACGGCUACGAACUUUCCAAUGGUCAAUCUCACCAGGAAAGUGCCGAGUUGGUUAAUCAGGGAACUGAGAACGAAGCCUUGGCUGUCCGAGGUAGCUUCACCUGGGUAGACCCACAGACCAACGUCAGAUACACCGUCAACUAUGUAGCUGACGAAAAUGGUUUCCAACCGCAGGGUGAACACAUCCCGGCUUGA